ACCAAUCAGAGGCUUUGGCACUCUGCUAUUUAUACUACGUCACUUCCUCCCAGCGCCCUCUUUUUCACCGUGUGGUCAGAUUUCCAUACGGCGUUGUUUCGUGCUCUCCCAUCAAUCGUAACGCAGGGAAAGCGGUCACGAUGUCCGGAGGUCUGGAUGUCCUUCAAAUGAAGGAGGAGGAUGUGCUGAAGUUCCUGGCGGCAGGAACUCAUCUGGGAGGUACCAACUUGGACUUCCAGAUGGAUCAGUACGUGUACAAGAGGAAAAGUGACGGUGUGUACAUCAUUAACCUUAAGAGGACCUGGGAGAAGCUGCUGCUGGCUGCCAGGGCAAUUGUUGCCAUUGAAAACCCAGCUGAUGUGUGUGUCAUCUCCUCCAGGAACACCGGACAGAGAGCUGUGCUGAAGUUCGCCUCUGCCACCGGUGCCACCACCUUCCAUGGUCGGUUCACCCCCGGUACAUUCACCAAUCAGAUCCAGGCAGCUUUCAGGGAGCCCCGUCUCCUGAUUGUGACGGACCCCCGUGCCGACCAUCAGCCACUGACUGAGGCUUCCUACGUCAACAUCCCCACCAUUGCCAUGUGCAACACUGACUCCCCACUGAGAUAUGUGGACAUUGCCAUCCCCUGUAACAACAAGGGUCACCACUCUGUUGGUCUGAUGUGGUGGAUGUUGGCCCGGGAGGUUCUCAGGAUGAGGGGAACCAUCUCCAGGGAGCACCCAUGGGAGGUCAUGCCUGAUCUGUACUUCUACAGGGAUCCCGAGGAGAUCGAGAAGGAGGAGCAGGCCGCGGCCGAGAAGGCUGUUGGGAAGGAGGAGUUCCAGGGUGAAUGGAGCGCCCCUGCAGCUGAGUUCACCCAGCCUGAGGUUGCCGACUGGUCUGAGGGUGUUGCUGUACCAUCUGUGCCCAUCCAACAGUUCCCUGCAGCUACCCCAGCUGUUAAAACCGAGGACUGGAGCACCCAGCCCGCCACAGAGGACUGGUCCACUGCCCCCACUGCCCAGGCAUCUGACUGGGGUGGCGCUACUGCUGAUUGGUCUUAAAUUGAUGACUAUGGCAACAAUAAACGGUGUUUUCACACUUUGA